GACAUUAGGCACGCACUUGAAAGUCAGACUUCAUGAUCAGGCCCAGUGGCUUAAGUGUGUCUCCAGGUGUAGGCAGAUAGCCAGCAGCAGCAACAAAAGCCGCAUUUGGGUCAGGCACAUACCUAGCAGUGGCUUUCAUACGACUCAUAAACUUCAAUUCAUCCAGUUAUUUGGAUUUUUCUCAAGCCAGUUGCAAAACUUGGUGCUAUACUUUCAGGAAGGACUUUAAGGAAGUGGUGGCAGACUCUCCCAGACAAUAAACGAACUAAUUUUGGACCAAACUACGCCAAAAGUGGUAUUUGCUGGCAGCAGCUGUUUUGACAUUGUCUGGUGGUGUUGCUGUUUACUACAAGACACACCUUCUGAAGGCACCCAUUACUGGGCGAGAGCGAUUUGUUGUUGUAACUCAUGAUCAGUACCUGAAGAUUGCAGAAGCAGAGGCUGAAAAUUAUUUUGAAUUAUAUAAAGACAGAAUGUUACCGGGUAAUCACCCAUUGGUGAACGAGUGCUAAACAUUGGUCAAAGGUUGCUGGAUGCUAACCCAGAGAUAAAAGAUCUCAUGAACUUCAAGAAGUGGAAGGUGUAUGUCAUCAAUGAACCUCAGACUAUCAAUGCCUUUGUAUUGCCAACGGGUCAUAUAUUUGUCUUUACUGGAAUCAUUGGCUUUGCUCAUAAUGAUGACCAGCUGGCUAUGGUUAUUGCACAUGAGAUGUCCCAUGCUCUCUUGUCACAUGGAAUAGAGUCAGUGAGCUACGCUCAGCUGCUUGAUUUUAUCAUCAUCACUGCCAUGGCUGCUAUCUGGUGUAUUUUACCAAGUGAUGGCCUUGCACUCGUCACCGACUGGUUCAAUGAAAAGAUUAUUUCAAUUAUGCUGCACAUGCCUUAUAGUCGUCUGCUUGAGCGAGAGGCAGACAAAGUGGGACUCCAACUGGCAGCAAGGGCUUGCUACGAUGUUCGAGAAGGAAGUGUGUUCUGGGCUCGCAUGGGACUGCAUGAAGAAAUUUCAGAAGAAAUGGAAAAAGUACCUGAGUGGUUGUCAACACAUCCUUCUCACAAGAAACGUGUUGAAUACAUUGACUUCCUUCUACCACAGGCUGAAGAGCUGCGUGAGGAGAGCAAAUGUCCCAGGCUCUCAACCAAAGAUCCAAGAGAGACCAUUAAAACACUUUCCGGUCUGGUAGAACAACAUGUGAUAGCCAGAAAGACAGGACAGAAUCUGACAAGAGUGGUGGCCCAUGGCCAGAUCUUGCAAUGAGAAUUCUUCUCCAAGUAAAAGAGACAAUAUAUUUUUUGUGAAAAAAAACUUUGUGUGCCUUUUUGGACAGGAAACAUUUUUAAUAGGUCAUGCUAUCACUUAAGGUCUACAUGCUCUUUUAGCAAGAUUAUGGCCUUUGCUGCAUGCCCUUUUUCUAAGCUAUUUUACAUAUAGUCAAAAUAUGGUCAUUUAACAAUGAUCUGGAUGACUCUGUGAUCAUUACAUUUGGAAGGAUAUAUCUAGCCUUAUCUACAAUUAUUAAUAAAUAUAAACUAUACAUACAUUUUUUUUCACAUGAUCAGUAAGAAAUGCCAAAUAUGAAGUGACAUUUUUGUCAGAUUCAAACGGUUGUAGAUAAUUAAAGUUAAUAGGUGAUGAGUAAUGUUGAGUCUUUUUCCCCUCCACCAAGGUAGUAAUCUGAGCAUGUGAUAAAUAUUUUAAAUAAGUAAACCUGCUGAAAGGGGCUAACUAAGGAAUUUCCUCUUCCCAAAAUAUAGGAAAGUAGCAAAGGUCUGAGAAAAUACAAGUAAAAACAAAAAAGACUGGCACAAUGGCAUUUUAAGUCCACCAUGAGCGGUAUUCAUUGAUGUGUUGAUGAUGAGGAUGCAUUUAAUUACAGAAUGGCAUAUGUUCAUGCAAGUAAGUCCCUGUGAGUUUACAUUAGUAUGUUUUUUCUGUAUGUAAACUUCAACAUAGUCACGAAAAAGAAGACAGAAUUUAGGACAAGAACGGAAAAAAUAUAAUUAGAAUUCAAAUAUAUGCUAACAAUUGUCUUUAAAAAAAAAAAAAAACAGAGAAAGGGAAAAGAAUUUCACAGAAACUGUUUGCAUGACGGGGGCAGGGGGAGGAAGGAUAAGAUGGAAUACUACCAAAAGUGUACAGAAGGAAUCAAUUAUGCUAAUAGUGAAAUAAGACAUCAAAAAGUAAUCGAUGGAUACAUAAUACCAAGGAAAAAAUUAUAUUACUCUAUCAUUUCUUUGUUCCCCCCCACCCAUUUCGUAACUUAGAGCCACAAAGAAUACCCAGCAGUUUCAUCACAGUUAUGUUUUAUUACUUUUUUGAAAAGCAAAAAUAUGUGCCUCAGCAUUUUUCUAGUUUUGAUGUGUAAAAUUUAUUUAGAGCGCCAUCAGUUUGGUGUUUCUUAAGAUGCUCAGGUUAAUUUCUUUUGUGAACUCCUCCAACUGUGAUUUUAUUGUUACCAUGUUCUACUUCAUUUGCUUAUUACACUGAUUAAAUAACAAUUAUGACAUCGACGUGACAAAACAGUGAAAUACUUCUACUCUUGCACUUGCACUCUCUUACGGUCUUUCCUUCCACUGCUCAUUUUGGGCAAGAGAAAGGAUGAGGCAUGACAAUUAGAGAAAAGGGGAGCUAAUGCAAUGAUGUUUUUAAGUAAUGUAACUUGUCUUUAUGACAGUGCAGAUCAGGUCAGAAGGCAGCAAAGCAAGGGGGAGGGGGGAGGAGAGUGUGGGUAAUAGACGCUGCCACCUAGAGAAGGGGGAGAUCAAACUUGUGGUGGUGUUAGCUCUCCUUUUCCUCCCUUUCAAUGUCUUUCACUCUAUCACUGUCUAAAUUUGUUAAAAA